GGAGACGAUCACGAAUGCAUCAUCGUUGGCAAGUUUGGAGAAGAUCGGUGCGGCCCAUGCCGAGCAGGACGCCACUGCUCAAGAAACUCUUGAUUUCCAUCUUGAGUGCUUGGUCCGUUGGCUGGGAGCUUUGCAUGAAUUGCCGGACUACCACAAGUCCUUUCCGUGGCGAGCUAUCAUGGCCUUGGACGACGGCAAGUGGCCGAUGGUGUUGAAAGAGCUUGAAAGCGAGUGGCCAUUUCUUUUGAAGCUGGACCAGCUCCCCGAGAAGGGCCAGAUGCACGAGCUUCUGGCCUUCACGCGAAUGCAGAGCAUCAACUUCGACAAGGAUCAUGACUGUGCCAUGCGAGUUCGAAUGACUGCAGCAUCGAUUGCCGGAGUCCGCAGCCUCGACGACCCGAAGACAUCCUUGCUGAAUUCGCUGGCAAACGAGCUUUAUUUCAAUGACGCCAGAGACUGCCAACGAAGACACAGGAAGUCUGAGACAUCGAAGGCCGUGAACCUGUGUGCAUUGGCUGCACGCACGGGCUGGGUAAGAAGUCCAUUGGAGCACGUCAAGAUCGAUCACCGGGAUUGGUGCGGGAUGGACGAGCAAGUGCGGCACCUGAAAGCAAGCAUCCUGUCGAGCACUCGCGAUCGAGAUCGCGACGUUGGCAUUUCAAUGCACAACCUGCUCCAUCAGAAAAGACUUGAGGUGCUCACAAAGCCGCACGUGUUUGUUGCCCGCUUGCGACUUUACCAGUGCUUGAAGGAAACAUACUUGCAGGACAGGACACGCAAGAUGGACAUCCAAGCAACGGUGGAUGCAGCAUGGCCCUGCAACAUCUUGGUUCCUGUGACUCUGUGGCAGCCCGAGGAGGAAGAUCCGGAAAAUGUGAGGAUGGUGCUACAGGCAGGUCCUUGGACAACCCGGUUCAUGCAGACGCGAAGCAUUUAUGCAGCUGGAGAGGUUGCAACCUAUGUGCUGCAAAGCAACCCGUGCCAAAUCCGAGAGACACUCGAGUUUGGCAUGAACAGUGGCAGGCUGUCUGAGGCACAAGCAGUGGUCAGUCAAGCAAGUGGGCUUGCCUUUCAAGCUCGAAAAUGGAUGACCCCCGCGACCUUCCUUUGUGAGUGCUCCAUCACCAAGGUGAAGGCUGGUGUGCUUUUGCAGUACUGCAAAAGCCAGGGCCUGAAUCACGCAGGUAAUCACCGAAUACGGGUGAAAACGGUCUUGGAGCACCACGGCUACAAUGCAGAGUACAUCGAAGAUGUGUUGGCCACCAUGCCU